AUGUUUGCUGCGGCUCACCAACAGCAAAGAAACCCGUCGACUCAGCAGUUCCUCGCGCAAACUGCACAGCGCUUCGACAGAUAUCGAUACGAAACCAUCGUCAAACCCGCUGUUGCGCGAACUACACUUGCGAACUUCAUCAAGGAAAUCAGAAACGACAGAGCCUAUCUUGCCGAUCUGUGCGACAAAUUCGGAAACACAAUCCUCAGUAGAUGGAAGAAGAAGAGCUGGGACAAGCGUGAAGCACUUUUGCUUCGAGUAGAUUCAACCAUCGAGAAGGAGCCAUGGUUCAGACUUCGGACCGAAGGCGAAGCGCUCACAUGGCAAGAAGUACGUCCACUCAGAAGGAGCUGGUUGCUGCCUUACAUGAACACCGCAACACUGAAGGAGAACCCAUCCGUGCUCAUAGGCCUGCUACACAAUCGUGUCGUCCACUCGCUAGAACAGUGGGUGCCUUUUGAUAACGACUUAGUUAGACAGGGCUGGGCUGAUGGUUUCUUCGACUUGGAGUACUGUGGAAGCUACUGUGUCGUCAUGCAUGGCGUCAACUACGGCAAGCUCGUUCCAUGGGACAAAGAAGCUGCAGAGUACCGCGACAUUGUCGGUUAUCCACGAGCUCGGUUGACCAUCGAAGCGCAAGCUCUGAUGUUCUCUCGACUCCGUAAAAUCGUGGAUCUCAUCCUUGAAGGAGUCAAUCGCGACAGUACAGGCGCCUGCGAUAAGUGGCAAGAAGUUGUUCGAGCUGGCUUCAAGCAGCUGCACAGAAUCGAGCUUUGGUCAGACUAUACGAACCAGCCAUUCUCCAGCCCGCCGAAAUUUGACGUUGACUACUACUGCUAUAUCGCAAAGGCCCGAAUGCAGGCAGCUCGAGAUCAUCUUUGGCUACUGCAAACAGAUCCCUCAUACUUUCGUCGCUUCGUCAAGGUUUUGGCAGACAUUCACCAAGCAGUACAAGAUUACUUGCGUUGGCGUGAACUGAACGAGGAAUGGUCCACUAUUCAAGAUUAUUACCACCGUUUCCGAGACAGCAUUCAUCCAGGCCAACCACUUCCACGCCGUCUCGAGCUCGGCCUCUCUAUGCUUGCAGCCAAUCUCACCCUUGUUUUGGACAGAAGAGUCAGGCAUCCCUACGGAUACAUUGCGCAAUGCCCUGGGUUCCAGCAUCUCUGGAAAUUCACCGUAGUGAGCAAGCCUCCAAGCAGUCCAAGACAACAGAUGUUCAGCAUGACAUCCCUUUGCGAGUUAUCCUCAUAUCAGCUUUAUCGCGAAGAUCCGCUUUACUGGACCCUAACAGAGCUUCAGGCCCAGCCAAAUGCGCCGUUUCAUUUCGAUCGUUCUGAGCUCUUCGCUAGGCUUGAGGCUCAUUUGGCCGAUGCAAGCCCAGAGGAACGCGCACGAUUGGAUGAGACAGUCUAUGCAAAGAUGUCAGACUUUGCAGCACAGUAUGAGAUGCUCUCUGCUGUCAGGUCACAUCGCCCUGCAUUUACUCGUCGGGGAGUGAAAGAAACCCGGAAAAUGGUAGAAGAGCACCCGACCCCUUCUACCAGAGGCUUAGUACGUGAACGUGAUGCAGUCGCAUACAAGUCGAAGUUACAUGCAUUCCCCGCAGACUGCAUAAGGAUGUUCGAGCAGUCAACGCCUGCGGUUGGUCGUAGGGAUGAAGCAUGGAUUGAUUGCAGAGCCGCUGAACGCAGAGCCCUCAACGAGUUCUGGGAGCAAGCCUGCGAGUCUCUGCGUGAGGAGUUGACUUACACCGACAUGAACCAGGAGGAGCUCGAGGACGCCCUCUCAGUCAUAUCUGUCUCGAGCAGCACUGAGUAUGUAGACAUAGUCAAGACCGAGCGACUUGCAGUGAUGGAUGCUGUUGCUGCAGCUGCUGAACGAGCACCGAAGCCAAAGACACGCCCGUCUCAAGCGGUCGACGUUUCGCCAAGCGAACCAGUUUCUCUGAAGAUUGACAUCAACAAAGACAUGGAGUCUCACAGCCCACCUCAGAUCUCCGCGACCUCUCGCGCCCUCGAGAUUAUCAGAAAGAUGUUCCCGAGUUCGGCUGAAGAAACCCUAGCCAAGGACACUGAUUGGGACGUUUUCGUCCAUGCCAUGAACGACCUCGGCUUCAACGCCCGCAAUGUCGGUGGCUCGGCUGUCGCCUUCGAACAUCCUUCCAAAAAGAAGAUCAUCUUCCACCGUCCUCAUCCUUCGCCCAAGAUCGAAAGCGUCAUGUUGCAAUCUAUGGGCAAAAGAAUGAGGAAGCACUUUGAUUGGAGCAGAGAGACUUUUGUGGGUGUCUGA